AUGGGUAUCAAAGACAAGUUGAAGAGAACCUCCAAGUACUUCGUGAACGAGCCUAAGGAAAACGGCAGCGAGCCAAAGGAGGUUGACAGCAAGCAGACGGAGCCAACUACUGAAGCCGCGCCAGUUGACGCCGCUGAACCAGCCACAGAAACUGUGGAAGGUGACGCCACAAAAGCGACCGAGUCCGACGCCCUCCCUCUCCCUGAAGUGGGUGUGACUGAUGAACACGACCUUGGUGAUGCUGUUGAUGCCGCUGCCAAGACAGAAGCUUCUCCUGAGGAGACUGCUCCUGAAGCUGUGCCAGCCACGGAGGCUGAGACUGGAGAAGGUGCUGUGGAGGCUGAAGCUGCCCAACCUGCAACCGAAGAAGCAGAGGCUGACAAGGCAGAGAAGGCAGCUGACGAUGUGCAAAAGGCCCCAAGCUCCAAAGAAAAGAAGAAUGACUUCCUCAAGAAGUUGUUGCAGAAGUUCAGAAGACCUGCCAAGUCCACUUAA